UACAUUGGAUAGGACCAUGGCACAGGCGAAGAUCGGAAAUUACAGUUCAUGCUGUCGGCUAUGCUUGAGCGAGAAGAACAACUACUUGAACAACAUCUAUGCCGGAUACACGGAGUCGCACGGCCUGGUCGACAAGAUCGGUACGCUGGUCGGAGUGCAGAUUACACAGACCGACAAACUGUCGACGAUGCUCUGCGACAAAUGCUACUUAACGAUAAACAACUUCGCUGAAUUCAAGAAGGCGUGCCACUCGAAUCAGGGCAAGCUGCAGAAGUGGAUGACUACCAUCAACGACAAUAUUACGAACGGGACAAUUAAAAUCAAAGACGAACCGGUCGAUGAGCCAAAAGAUGACGAGGUUUCAGCAGUUGGUAAACCCGAAAAUAUGAGAGUCGUGGUAAAGUCUGAACCGGCGGAACCUAUGGAAGAGGAGUUCUUCGAUUAUCCACCCGCAUUGACGCCGCAUCCUCCUGAGAUUGUAAUGGACGUCGACAAUGAUUCACAAUUGGAGGAAGCCGAGAGUACGAUAGAUGUUAGUAAGGAUGCGUCCAUUAAUAAAUCGGUGGGAGUGACGAAUCAAUGUAGUGUGUGCGAAAAAAUAUUGAGCAAUCCUGGGAAUAGAAAAAAGCAUGAAAAAACUAUGCAUGGCCUUCAUGGUGGGAAGCUGCGAAAGGUCGAAUCUAACGCCCCAGUUAAAGUUGUUGCUGAACCCAAGAAGUCUACCGGUAGUUCUUUCCUGAAUAACAAAGAGGUGACGUUGACGCGCAUCAACAAGGAAUCCAAAGAAGUGGCGAUCCCGCGGCCGACGACGCCUUCGAUCCUGGAUAAAGACCACGAGAAGAUUAAGUUCGCAGCCGGUCUUCGUCUUCAAUCGAAGUCGGCGCCGAGGCAGAUGCAGUCUUCGCUCACCAAAAUCGAGAAGACUUAUUUGGAAAAGUGCCGGAUCAUGAUUUCCAUGUUCCAGAAGGACACCUGCGCCUGUCACAACCAGUACUUCAGCACACAGAAGAGGAUGCUCGGACAUCUGAGGCAACUCUUCGUUUGGUUUCCACCGUACACGUGCUACAACUGUUUGUUAACAUUUGACGGUAGAUCGGGAAAGAUGAGGCAUAUUCUCAGAUGUCCGCGAGUCGAGUUGGAAUCUCUGAUAAGGUUAUCGGAACUUCGAGCUCGGACUAAAGAUAAAAUACGUUUAUACCAAAACUUCAAGUGCAUACAGUGUAAUUAUUUGUUCAGCUUCUACGAAGAUUACUGCUCGCACGUUGAUAACACACACGUAACAGAGGAUGGUCCGUUCGAUUGCCUCUGCAUGCAGAGCUUCGAAAACGCCGACCUAUUCCGUCAGCAUAUACACAAAUCCUGCUUCCUGAACUACUACUGCGACAUCUGCUUCUUGCUCACCUCCAAUCUGCAGGAAUUCGUGGAGCACUGCGAGGAGUUCCACGACACGGACGAGAACUAUGUUUUCCUGAAACCGCACGCAAACUUCAGAGUGCUCACGAACAUCGAAAUCAACAAUUGCCUUCUGGAAAGCAAGAAGCGGUUGCUGGAGAAGGAAGCGUCUGAAAUGGAGGAACCCGAUGAAAUGCAAAUGGAUAUUAAUGUAGAAAUGCCGAAUAUCGAUCCGCUCAUAGAAUUAGAUGAGAAGCAUUUUUCCAGGUUUAACAGCGCCAAGUGUCCGCGUUGCAAUAAGGUUUACGCGAAUUAUCAUAACAUGGUUAGGCAUCUGAAGUCGCAUCACAGGUUUGAUUUGAUGCAGAAGCGCACUGAGUGCGAGAUCUGCGGUAACGUGUUCAGCAAUUACUCGAAUAUGAUGAGACAUAAGAAGGCGCAUUGCGACGCGUUAAAAUGUUCCGAAUGUUUGGAGGUUUUUACUUCGGUGGCGCUGUUGAAGACGCACCAGAGUCAAGCUCAUGCGGAUACUGUUAAGGUAGCCAGGACGACGUACAGAUGCGAGGAAUGCGGGGAGUCAUUCAAGAGCGCUCGAUGGUUGGAGCAGCAUCAGGAGAAUGAGCAUGGGUUUGCGUGUGAGCAAUGCGAUAAAGUUUUGAAGACUGUCUCCGAUUACGAGCAGCAUCGAAACACCCAUCUGAACAUUACCCUAGCCAGAGACCCGAAGACGAAAAGCUACCAUCGUCUCAGCAAGAUUUGUAAGAUCUGCGAUAAAGGCUUCAAUACGGAAUCGGAACUCGAGGAACAUUUACAAUUACAUGAACGAAUGCCAGUCCUCGAAGCCGAAGAUGAUGAAAGCAUUGAAGACGACAAGAAGCACAGUUGUAACGAGUGCGGAAGGCAUUAUCAGAGUUCACGCGGGUUGUGGGUGCACAACAAGAAGUACCAUCCGGACAAGAAAGGUAAAAUGGACUUCCCGAGGCCGUGCGACGAGUGUGAUCGAGUGAUUUACUCGCUUUCCGGUUGGGUGAUGCACAAGCAGAUGCACGAUCGCACCAAUAAAUUGCAGAAAUCUAUAAAAACACAACCUGCUAACCCCAACGAUGAUUCAGAUUACUCGACCUGCAAAAAGUGUUUCAAGGUGUUCGCCAAUCGUUCAACGCUGAAAACGCACAUGAAGUGCCACGGUAUCAACACCAGCCCGACGAGGACGCAGAUGAAGACCGGAAAGUUUAUGAAGACCAUCUGGUGCGAUAUAUGUCAUCAGGCGUGUCAGGGCGUCGAUGAACUGAAAAAGCACAAGCUCGAGCACGAAAGCGAAGAUCUGACGGAACCCGAGGAAGGCGAGAUUGCGACGAAGCCAGUACUUAAACCUGGAAAGCAACACGACUGUAAACUUUGCAAGCUCUCCUUCGACACGUCGAACCAAUGGAAUGACCAUAUGUUUAACGAUCACAGCGAAAAUAACACUCCCAAAUUCGAGUGCGAUACCUGCGGCAAAGUGUUCAAUUCAAAUCUGGCGUUGAACGUCCACUAUUCCUGGCACAAAAGGGCACAACGGAAGGCUGCUGCUGCCGCAACGGCCACCCCCCAGCACAAAACGCAAAUGUUUAAGUGCAUAUCUUGUGCCAAGCAAUUCGAAGAUGACACCGCGCUGCAGCUGCACAUCUUCGAAUGCCACAGGAAGACAUCCACGACCAUCGAGAGGCGGAUAUUCAAAUGCGAGCCCUGCGACUUGAGUUUCACCGUGCAGAGCGAGUACGACGCCCACGAGAGGACGCACGAAAAGGUGAAAGACAAGAAGGCAGGAGUGACAUGCAAGUUCUGUGACAAAACUUUUAGUCGCAGCGACUAUCUCAACAUCCAUAUUACCAGCAAACAUCCGCAGCACGCGGUCGCAGGACAAUUCAAGUGCACGCAGUGCGAAAGGAUCUUCGAGAAACAGAACGCACUCACCAUUCAUUUGAAGGUGCACGAGAAGAUGAACGUUACCGUCAGCAAACCGACCAAAGCCCACAAGUACUCGUGCUCGAUUUGUCACGUCGGUUUCGACGUUCCCAAAGAACUCAGAAAUCAUAUAAUAGCUCUACAUCCAUUCUAAAUAUAUCGAUUUCUGUUACAUAAACUCGUUUAUUAUAUUUUUCUCUUAUGAAAUUUUCUUCGUUUGGAAGAAAGAAAAAAAAUGUUUUUGCUGUUCAUAAUUCGAACGCGAUUCACGAUUUCGAUCGUGCUGUAAAUUGUAAAUUGCAAACGGUUCUUAAUAUUAUAUUUUGUAUAGUGUAUUCUGACGCAGAUGUGUCUCCAAGUACCUAACUUAAAAAUAAUUAGAAGACUACGACGUCCCUGAAAAUCGACUGGUUCAAUAAUUUGUUUUCUAGGAACUAUUAUUAAUGAAAUAAAUAUAUUUUUUAUAUUGUUCACUUGUU